GGGGGGGGGGGGGGAGGUAUACUAAUAUUUGUAAUUUCGAUAUCCGGAUAGUUCAUGUGACAUAUUUAUAUUCUAUCACUUUUACGGUCAUUCUAGUAUAAGCUUUAUUGCACUUGAUCUUUGAAUCUUUCACACAUCCGAAAAGUAUUAAUUACCCAUCAUUAUCAAUGGUGGGUCAGGGUUAACCUUGGGUCAUGCGCCUGUCAUAGAUCAAGCUACCCGAUUCAUUAUUCAGCGUGAUGUCACCACGUUGGUUCUAGAUAAUGUGGUAGCUUUGGUUACUAUGGAGCGUUAGCUUUUAGAUUCUUCAUACCGAGUCACAUGUAACCCCGAUAACUGUGUAUUUACUCAUAUCUUUUCUACAUCUACUGAAUUGUCAGAAGUUUAGAACCACUGUGGCAAAAAUAUCACCGCCCGUCUCAGCACCCUGGCUGGUACUUUUGGCUACUCGGUGUGGGGCAUAGUUUUUUGGCCUGAUCUUCCUGGGUGCUUUUGGCACCUGGUUCAAGAUUUGUUGGCUGCAUACCAAGCACGCAUCUCAAUCAGAUGGCCAUAUCAAUCAGUCAUAUGGUCCUCGAUGGUUUCAGGAGAAUCGAACGAGAAUUUCUUGGUAUCAGUUCUGACACCAGACUGCUCGCGAUAUCCCGCCCUCCGAGCUCGCUAAGCCCUUUGCUCCCUUACGCAGAGUACACCACGGAUGAACUAGCGUCUGUUGUGCCUACUGAAUAUGAUGGCAACCUUUUAGUUCAACUCUGUCCUGCUCAUAUGGUCGGUAGCCCUUACGACUCAGGUGAUGAUUGUAGCCGGAGCUCUGGUAUUCAUCGGCAUGCCUCAAAUACUUGAAAUAAAAUAUCAGGAUUGCUAUUGAUCAAGGAGCAUAUCUUUUGGCUGUGGGAGUACAACGCAAAUUACAAUCGACGAAUUCGAGAGAGUAUACUGGCUUACCAGACCUCCACGAAGGAUAACCUCUGAUCUUGAGUGGUAUCUAUAUUAACAGGAAGAUCUUACACCACGGAGGCGGUGGUGGAGGUGCUGCCUCGAGAACCGCCUUUGUGGUUGCUUGCGAGCGCAAAAACCAAACAUACAAGCGCUCUAAAACAAGACCGCAUGCUAUAUCUAUACUGAGUCAGAACACUCAUUCCCCCUUGGGCGUUUCUUUGAGCUAAUGGCAGUUGAGAAUGCCGAUGAUUUCUAUGAGGUGGCAGGUGAGGACUUUGAAAUGGUCAAUUGGCAGUUCUGGAAACUUCCUGGGAAACGUGUAUUUUCCUUUUUCACGAGUUCGGGGCUAGAGAACAUUGGGUUAAUAGAAUACAAUGUUCAUCGUCCAGACAGGCGCGUUAUUUUAGCGGUAGCUAGGAUCAUGCCUCUGGCGCUACUCUGUACUGUCAUUUAUGCCUCCUACGCUAUUAAAA